AUGGAUGACGGUUUAUUAAUCGAACAGGUGUCGGGAUUUCCGGCACUUUUUAAUAAGGCUGACAAGCGGUAUAAAUCUAAAUUGGAUAAAGAGGCAGCAUGGCGCACAAUUGGGGACAUUUUGAAUGAAAUGCGUAGAACUACUUCAAAUUAUCAAAAACUACCAGAACAAGAACUCAGAGCCCAGAGUCCACCCUCUAGCCCCUCUGUUGCAUGGGACUCGAUGUAUCAAAUAACAUCAGAUUCUGCAUCCGAAUCAAACAGUAUGGUGCAGACACCCCUUUUUACAAGUUUGGAUAAUGAAACUCCUUCUACAUCAGGCAAAGUUCCAAUACCUAGAAGAACAAUGCCCAAAAAAAGGAAUGCCCAAGAGGCUAUGAUCGAAAAAAUGUCGUCAUGCUUUGAUCAUUUAAAUAAAAGGGUCCAGUCAGCUCCUCCUACACCAGACGAAGACCUGCAUUUUGCAAAAAGUUUGGCGCAUGAUAUGAAAAUUUUAUCACCAUUACAAAAAAUUCAAUUUAAAAAAACCAUUUAUGAACUAUUGGAAAAUAUUGCAAGUGAAACUUUGUAA